AUGAGUGGUCGCAAUCCCUACGCAAACGGAUACGGAUAUCCGUCCGAUCACGGCGGCCGCGGGGGAAAUGGGGGAAAUGGAGGAGGAGCAGGAGCAGGAUACGGCGACAGCCCGGACAGACACGGCGUGAAUGGCUAUGGAGGGGGAAGCGGAGGCAGAGAAAGAGAUAGAGACAGGGAUCGCGACCGUCGUCCUGGUGGAUAUGGUGGAUUCUACAACGACGAACCGCCGCAGCCUCUGGCUACUACUACCGGGACGUCGCCUGGAUCUCGCGGAAGAGAUGGAGACAGAGAUAGAGAUCGAGAAUACGGACGCAAUUGGCCAGACUGGGAUCGAGGCGCCAAUACUUCUGCGUCGCGGUCGCGGCCGCGAGAUGCGAAUGCGGCGAAUACGGGGCCGCCCCCCAGACGGCGCGCUGAAGCUGGUGAGGGCGACUAUCUCAGACCGACGCAGCCCAGCCUUCCUGAAAUGCCGCAGCCAAGUCGCCCAGAGGUUGUGAAUGGAGGAGGAGGACGCGCGCCUCAGUCGAUUGAAGAUAUUCUGCAGAAAAUUCAACGCAGCUGGGACUUUAUGGCAUCCGAUGACUGUACGCCCGUGCAAGUAGCUCUGCAGUUGAUGGACAACAGUACCCUCGGCAAAGCAGACCGAGAGCCGGAUUUUCUCCAGACGCAAAAGCAGAUUCAAAAGACAUUGAAGAGCAUUGUCAACGAGCACCACCAAGGCUUCAACAGUUCCAUCGGUACAUAUCACAAAAUCCAGUCGAGCAUCCACAGUUCGCAGGGCCGUGUCCGCACGCUUCGACAUUCGCUCGAGGAGGCCAAGUCCGGCCUGAUUACGACAAAACCAGAGCUGCAAGGACUCGCAACAUCAUCGCAGGACUAUGACGAUAUACUGCAACUGUUCAACCACAUUCAAGAAAUUCGAUUGCUCCCGGAAAAACUGGAGCAGAGGAUAUCAGACAAGCGGUUCCUGGCGGCCGUUGACAUUCUCCACGAAGGGUUGCGCUUGAUGCGUCGGUCUGAUUUUGAAAAUAUCGGCUCCCUUUCCGACUUGCGCUCCUAUUUCUCAAACCAGGAGACGUCUCUCACCGAAAUUCUAAUUGAGGAGCUUCACGAUCACUUGUACCUCAAGUCUCCGUAUUGCCAAGACCGUUGGAAGUCUCCCGCUACCGAGGGCGAUGCAGCCUCAAAGAGCAGCGGAAAUGCUACCGGCUGGGAACGACCGGUACAUGGCUUCCUAACAAACCUGGAUGCGUCAACUCCCAUGGUGGAAGAUGCAUCUCGCAACCCCGAGGCGGAUACAUUCUACUAUAUUCGAGUCAUCAUCGAAGCUUUGAAUCGGAUGGGCAACCUAGAAGUUGCCGUACAUCGAAUCGAGCAGAGACUCCCCGUGGAAUUGUUUGCGGUGGUCGACAAGACAAAUGCUGAAGUGGAUGCUCGCCAUCCCAACCUGGCACGGGGUCUUUUGUCCCGGGACAGCAAGACUGGGCUACCAACUGAAAUUAACGAACAGCGUGGGCACGUAUUAACCGAGUUCCUGUGGAAUCUCUACGCCAAGUUUGAAGCUAUAGCAGAAGGCCACCGUGUGGUUCAUGAUAUCAUUAUUGGAAUCGUCGAGCGCGAAGACUUUCAUGGGGACAACCUAGCCAAUGGUUUCAAGGAACUGUGGAAGCUAUAUCAGAGUGAAAUCCGCUCUCUUUUACACGACUACUUGGCCACAGACAGCCACGAUUCAUAUCGAACAAUUCCGCGACAGGCGGAUAUGAGACGAAACGUUUCUCUAACCCAGAGAGAUCGAACGAGGAAAAUCUUCAAAAUGUCCGACGUUGAUCAAAAGUCCAGCGACAUGAAGACGGAGCGAGAAGAGCUGGACGAGAUUCUGAGGGCUUCAGUCCCUGGUCUUGUCACGAAAUCAUCGCAGCGAUCCGCGGCGGAUGGGACGUCUCAGUCAAAACAAGGAAACUCGGGCACGGGUCAUAAGCUUCUCAUCGAGCCAAGCGUGUUCAACAUGGGGCUGUUGCUACCGCCUGCGCUGUCUUUUAUUCAACGGCUCAAAGAAAUUGUUCCCAAGGAAUCGGAUAUUGUGAUGAGCACUCUGACUUCUUUCUUGGACGAUUUCUUGGUCAAUGUGUUUCAGCCACAACUGGACGAGGCUGUUACGGAUCUUUGCGCAUUGACAUUUAUUGCGCAUGAUGCUUUCUCAGAGGAUCCAAACUGGGCUGCAGUGUCUCCCAAGCCUAUUUUCAAGGGAACCAUCAACUUUAUGCUACUGGUCAAAGCAUUCAGUAAAAUGCUCGACAGCAUCCCCCAUGAUCAAAUGUUCACUCAAAUGGUGCUCAGUCAAAUUGUUACAUACUAUGACAAGUGCUGUGGCUGGUACAAAGCACUGGUCACACGAGUUUCAACAGAGCUUACUGGGGGCAUGCGACUGAAAGCCUCUGCGUCAUUUGCAGACGCUGGGGAUAUUCACGAGACCGCGAGGAAGCUAUUGACUGGCGCGGGGGAUAAGAAGCAGCUUAUUGAUAAGGAGACCCAGCUAUUGAUUCAAGAAACGAAUGCAGUGCCUCUGGACAAGUAUGAUUUGAUAUCGGACCCAAAGAACGUGGUGGCCCUGUCGUUGCUACAUAACAGUUUGCAAUGGCUAGCAAGCCAUCUUCACAAACUCAGAUUCAUCACAAAAACAUCAGUCGACUCGAGCCGCAGCGAGUCCAAGCGCAUGACGCACGCCCGGCGAUGGACGUUGAUUAGCUCAAUGAAGCCGCGACGCGACAGCGUCAGCCAGCCCGUGUACCUCCCCAUGAACAAUGAAACAGUGAUCAUCUUUGACAACACGCUGCAAUCAUUGAGGAGCUUGGCUUCUAACGCGCUUCUCGCGCUGCACAUUGAUAUCCGAUGCAACGUGAUUCAUGUCUUGACCAAGACAAUGGCCGGGCCCCGCGGCCCUCAGGCAUCGGGCGAGAACUAUUCCAAAAACUGGCAUUUGAUUAUCCCCAACACUCCCACAGCGGCGUCUCCAUUGGUUAUUGAACUGAAUAACGAGCUGGUCACGUUCGACACGCAGGUUGGCUCGUACCUGUCUCCAGACGAGCGGCGUUUCAUGACAUCGGGACUGGCGAGGUUCAUUGACCAAGUCUUUGUCUCUUGCACUCGUUACAUUGGGGUGAUGAACCACAAUGGCGCUCUGCGACUACAGCUGGACGUGCUCGUGCUGCAGCAAAAUCUCAAAAACAUCAUUGUCGAAGAGCGCGCCAGCGAUCAAGAUGUAACAACGCCCCAACCACCACCCGAGGUCGUCGCCCUCCCGCGCAGCGCCAAAUUCCUCGACUGGUUCAUGGAAGGCCCCCAAAAGGCACUCGACUACGCCAAGGAAGAAAAAGAGCUGUUCGCGUCGCAGGGCGACAAGGCUCUCGCGGCGGGCAACGGCGAGCCCUUUACAUACGAGGAGCUACGCGUGCUCGUCGAGCUCUGCUUCUCGGAGAUCAUGCGAGGACCGCGCGGAGAGCAGAACCGCGAGGAUUUCAUGGCAGCGAAGCGGAAUAAUGGGGAUGCGAUGUUGAGGCUGAGCGAGGUGAUGUGGGAUUCUAAAUGA